CCAAAGGAGUCCAGCUGAUUUCCAGUCCUCCACGCACUCGCUUCACGGUAACGACAACACACUCUCUGACCUUGGAUGUUUCUCUAUCUAGCUCUAAUGGCUUCCGUGUGGCUUUGCUCUCCGAAAUUUCUAGCCGUCAUCGUGCUCCUCUCAGCCCUUCCAAUCGGCACAAUCAUUUCCUUGCAUCUAGCGAAUCCCCCCACUCACGUGUACUAUUACCACAGCAACGGAUGGUUCAGAGAAUGCGGCAAGUGGGACGAUCAAAAUCGGCGCUUCAUCGUCGGUUUUGUGGAAGGUGGAAUCGGUCAGAUUCCGGUGACCGGAGUGGAUAAUGAGGUAUUAGAGGAGAUACCGGUGGUCAAAGACGUCGACCUGGCGGGAAAUUCAACGCUGGGUAUUGUCAUCGACCCACCGAGAAAUCGGCUGCUUGCAGUUCACGCAGAACCAUGGCGAAAUCGCUUCUCGGCGCUUGCAGCCUACGAUUUGCAAUCAUGGAAACGAUUGUUUCUGACUCAACUCAGCGGCUCAGGUGACGAGAAAUCAUUAGCGAACGAUGUAGCAGUUGAUGCAGAAGGUAAUGCUUAUGUAACUGAUGUGAAAGCCAGCAAGAUCUGGAAGGUAGGAGUGGAAGGGAAGCUGAAAUCAAUUAUCAGAAACCCAUUGUUCAAGGCAAAAGCAUGGUACAAGAACUUGGGGUUGGCUGCAUUAAACGGCAUCGUUUACCACCCAGAUGGGUUCCUCAUAGUGGUUCACACAUAUAGUGGGAACUUGUUGAAGAUUGAUUUAUCAGAAAGCAAUGAUGAAGUCUACCAAGUGAAGCUAAUCAUGGUGGAGGGAGGGCCUCUUACUUUAGGAGAUGGUUUGGAAUUAGUGUCUCAGACUAAACUUGUGGUUGCCGCAAAGCAUCCGACGGCGAGAUUAGUGGAGAGUUGUGAUGGCUGGGAAACAGCUUCAGUGAUGGCAACAUUCUCAGGGCUGAGGCAUAAGCAUAGGUCGCCCACAACAGUAACGGUCAAGGAUGGUAAGGUCUAUAUCAACCAUUUGCUUGGGAUGGGGUAUCCUAGAAGGAAGCAUGCUUUUGUUCAAGCAGAUUUUGGUAAAUUUGAAUAAACAUGUUUUUUUUUUAAAUAAAAUAGAAUAAAGGUUGUUAGUAAAAUAAUUUCAUAUUUAUCGGAAUACGUUCUUGAUUAUCAUGCAAUCUAAAGUCUA